AUGAUGAUCACAACGGGUUGCGCACCCCAAGCCUGGGCAAAGGCCAUCCAACACGCUGCAGAUUUAGACAGAAACACUGCAAAGGAAUGUCUGGGAUGGAGGACACCCAUUGAAAAACUUACUGGGCAGACCCCAGACAUCUCCAAUCUCAUCAAAUUCAAGUUCUGGGAUGUAGUACUGUACCAUGAGCCUACCCACAAGUUCCCUGGACAAGCAGUUGGUGGAAACGAGAGGCUUGGAAGAUGGUUGGGCAGGGCUCAGGACCAUGGUGAUGGGAUGUGUUCUUGGAUCCUAACCCUUGAAACUGAGCAACUCAUUGUCAGAUACGCGGUGAGGAAGGUUGAAGGGGAGAACAUCUCAGAUACCACUAGGGAUGCUGUCUCAGUUCUCCACAAGGAAGAUAGGGCCAGAACCGAAGAAGCUUUCUGCCCUGUUGUGUACACCCAGACAGGGGAGAAGGACCCUAGCACCAAACCUGGGGAGGAACCCAAGUUCAAGGCUCCCCCAGCAGAGGUACCCAAGGAAACCAUCAAGGACCUGUUCAUCUGGGACCGCAUCCCCAAUAAGAAAGGUGUGGAAAGAGAUGUAAAAGGUCAGAUCAAGGAGGUCUACAAUGAUGAUGAUGGUUCCACCCAAGCAAGGGUGGAAUUCAAGGGUGGAAAGCAGAAGAUCUAUGAGUAUAAAGAGAUCGUCAAGAUGCUAACCAAAUCAGAUGAUGCUGAUGCAGAGUACUGGGAUUUUGACAAGAUCCUAGACCACAAAUGGUCCAAACAACCUGGUAGGCAAGGAAAGAUUGAUGUCAAGGUCAAGUGGAGUGGUUUCACUGAGGAUGAGGCUACCUGGGAACCCAUGGAAGUGAUCAGGAAGGACAGCCCAACAGUCCUUGCAGAGUAUGCGGCCCUCAAAGGCAUUGUCCAUGAGUCCAGGUGGAAGUGGGCCCACAACCAAACCAGGGGAGGUGACUGA